ACCAAAUGUAGCAUUGAGAGAGAUAUGUCUCUAGAGAUUCUCAGUCAUCCAGGUCAUGGUUGUCCCAUCUGCAUUCUUUUAGAGAGUCAUUGAGGCCAUUUGGAGGUUUGCCUGUGUCUUCAGGGUCACCUGAAUAGUGCAAACGUGUGUGGACCUGGAUGAUUGAGAAUCUCCAUAGACGUUUAGCCAUGCACUUCGGGAUGAAUACCCUUUGAAUGGUGCAGAGUAUGAACGGAUUUCCAGAAAACAUUGCAGACUACAGGAACCAUUUGCACUUCAGUUUGAGAUGCAGGCAACACAGACUCAUCCCCAAUAGCCUGCGCCUGUUUUCAACAGUGGAGGGACACAGGGCAGAAAACGUCCUGCAGCCAAGAAGGCUCCACACAUGUUUGCACUACUCAGCUGACCCUGAGGACACAGGUAAAUCUCCAAAUGGCGUCUCUAAAACGGGUGUCAAACCCAAUCACAUUGCGGGCCGUAUUGUGACGUAUUGGGAUUUGUUUUGCCCUUGCGGGGCCGGACUAGGUGUAGCUUGUUUGACAUGCCUGCUCUAAAAGAAUGCAAAUGACCAGCUGUCUGCAAAGAAUAUAAAUCUAUCCCCCCUCCCCAUCCAGUCACAACUGAAGAGGUUUCUUGGAUAAGAAGUGAAAAGUCUUCAAAGAAAAAAUAAAGUCCAGUUGCUUCAUGAGAAAGCACCUUUGGGACACUGAGAGAGAUAGAACAGAUAUACAAGUCAAAAUAAGAAAGAGAUUAGUAAGAGAAUACCUAUCCACCCUGGAGGAAUACAAAUCAUCUGGGCAACAUGGUUUGCAUCCCAGGAUUCUUAAAAGAGUUGGCAGAUGUAAUUUCAGCCUCACAGAAUGUAAUCUUUCAAAUAUCUUGUAGUGCAGGGAACUACCAGAGGACUGGAAAAGGGCUGAUGUGGUUCCAAUUUAUAAAAAGGAGAGAAAUGGAUCUAGGAAAUUAUAGGACAAUCAAUUUGAUGUCAAUACCUGGGAAAAUCCUGGAAAAGAUAAUCGAGCAGAGGAUUUGUGAACACACCUAGAAACAAACAAGAAGAUUACUAGAAGCCAGUAUGAGUUUGUUAAAAACAGAUCAUGCCAGACAAACCUUACUGCCUUUUCUGAUAGUGAUUAUAUUAGUGAACUAACAAAAGGCCAUAGACGUAGUAUACUUGGACUUCAAUCAGGCAUCUGACAAAGUGGGCUACAACCUACUUCCUUGUAAGAUAGAACAAUAUAGACAGUACCACCACCAGAUGGAUUCGCAAUUGGCUGAUGAACUAUACGCAGCAUAUUGUUCUCAAUGGAACUACAUCUACAUGGAGGCAAGCAUGCAGUGGGAUACCUCACAGUUCCAUCUUCAACAUCUUAAAUGAUCUAGAUGAGGGGAUAGAAGAGGAACUCAUUGAAUUUGCAGAUGAUAUCAAGCUGGGGGAUAGAAUAGGUGUUGCCUGGCUCAACAGGUCUAGGUGAGAGAGAUCUAUACAUCCUAGUGGGCCACCACAGGUAUGAACCAGUCGUGUGCUGCAGCUGCCAAAACGGCCAAGGCAGUUCUGGGCUGCAUCAACAGGGACAGCAUCAUAAGAGGCAGCAUUACAAGAAGUGAUAGUACCGCUGUGCACCACACUGGUAAGACUAUGCUUGGAAUACUGCAUCCAGUUCUGGUUACUAUGAUACAAAAAAAAAGUUGCUGGGGCUCCAGAUAGAGUGCAGAAAAGAGCAACAAAGAAGGGUCUGGAGACUAAAUUGUAUGAUGAACACUGGAGGGAGCUGGGUAUGUCUAGCCUAGAGGACGGGAUUGGGAGGGCAUCCCAGACAGAGGAUUAAUUUAUUUUCCAAAGCACCAGGCGGCAAAGCAAGAAGUAAAGAGGGGAAGCCUUUUAAAGAGAGAUCCAUCGUAGAAAUGUUCUGACAGCGAAAAUAAUCAGUGGAUUAACUUGCCUCCCAGAGUUGCGGGUGCUGCACCACUGGAGGUUUAAAAACAGACUUGGCAACCAUUUGAGAUCGUGUAACGCUCUUGCCUUGAGCAGGGGGUUGGGCUAGAUCACAAGAUCUCUGAGGUCCUUUUCCAAUCCUAGGAUUCUAUGCUCUAUGAUUUCGCACGCCUCACGUCGGUUCGGCUGCAGGCGUCUUAUUCGGGAAGGACUCCUUCGAGGUGGCUUUUUUGCGAACCUUUGAAUCGCGCGCGCUGUCUGCUCAGUGGCCCUGGCAUCAGCCAAUGAUCAGGAGCGCGGGGCGCAGAGUCCAAUCGGCGGGCGGGCCAGUGUGAGACGCGCGGGCCAUAUAAAGGCGGCCCGCCCAAGUCGGCGGUUCCUCGCUUCCUUCGGCGUUUGCGAUGUCGGGCCGCGGCAAGGCGGGCGGCGGGAAGGCCCGGGCCAAGGCGAAGUCGCGCUCGUCGCGCGCUGGACUGCAGUUCCCGGUGGGCCGCGUGCAUCGGCUACUGCGACGCGGACACUACGCGGAGCGGGUCGGAGCCGGCGCUCCCGUUUACCUGGCGGCGGUGCUGGAGUACCUGACGGCCGAGAUCCUGGAGCUGGCGGGCAACGCGGCGCGCGACAACCGCAAGACGCGUAUCGUCCCGCGUCACGUCCAGCUGGCGGUGCGCAAUGACGAGGAACUCGGCCGCCUCCUAGGCCGCGUCACCAUCGCGCAGGGCGGUGUCCUGCCCAACAUCCCCGCCGCGCUCCUGCCCCGGAAGGCCGCGGCCCAGGGCGGCGGGGCGGUGGCACGCAAGAAAGGGACCGUCCAGGCCUCGCAGGAGUACUAGGCGCGGCGGCCGCGGAACCGGAGACCGAACCGAGGCGGCGGAGCUGGGCAAGCCGGAGCAGCGGACCUCCUGCUGGUGCCACGUGGUUGGACUCGGGACUCCCGGCGGCGGGAAGGAGCGGCCCGCGCCUCACUCAAUGGCGGGGCUGUUCGCGGCCUCCCGGACGUCCCCAAUAAAAGGACGUUGAAAACG